AUGCAAAUUGAAUUUUCUGACAUCGACUUCACCACCCCGCAUUUUCUAAUAGAGCAUUAUUAUAUCAGCGGGACUAUUUCAGUUUUGGUUAACUCCUUUGUUGUCUAUCUUUUGUUGUUUCACAAGGGAAAUAUGGACACAUUUCGAUAUUAUGUGCUAACAUUUCAGAUUGCAUGUUCCUUGUGUGACAUUCAUCUAGCAUUUCUCAUGCAGCCAGUGUCAUUGUUUCCAGCUGUUGCUGGUUAUUGCACAGGACUUCUAGCGUGGUUAUUUUGAUUUUCUCCUCAUUUUCUUAUGGUGCUGCUAGCAUUUUUUAUUGGAUUUCAAGUCAAUUCACUGACCAUUUGUUUUUUGAAGAAACGUCAAGCAAUAUCAAGAAUUAGUCAACAGUAUGAUGGGUCAACAAUUCGAUACAAUGCAAGCGUAUUCUUUUUUUCCUUAUAUACAUUCACAUACGCGGUGCCAUUUUAUUUUUCCAAAUAUACAAAAGAAGAAGAAUAUCAUAUAAUUGAUAGGAAGUAUCAAAUGUUCCGUCAGCAGUUUGAACUUUUAGCGAAUUUCAAUAUAUUUGAACUAAAUAUGAUGAUGAUAAUAGCAGUCAGUAUGGCAAUUCUUGGAAGCAUUGUUUCUGUUGCAACAAUAUCAGUUUUAACCUUUCAAAUGUACAGAAUUCUUGUAAAUUACCAAUCAAACUUGUCAAGCUCAACUCUCGAAAAGCACAAGUCUGCAGUUAAAAGUUUGGUUGGUCAGUUUAUGAUAACACCAGUUGCAAUUCUCCCACCAAUGCUGAUAAUCACCACUAUUUUUCUCCCAUUCAAAGGAGUACAGAUAUUUACAUGUUACAUGUUCAUGACAAUGACAACACAUUCAACGUUGAAUUGUCUCGUUGUCAUUUUCACUUUCGCAGAAUUUCGAGGAUUUGUCAUCUUUUGGACAAAGGAGGGAAAACGGCAACGACGUCGGAAAAGCGUUUUUCAAGUGGCAGGAAACGUGGCAGUAAAAUCUUGA